CCCUUUUCCCCUCCCGGCGCCACGGUUCCCCUCAACAUCUGGAUCCGGCCGGUGCGGGGCCCUUACCUCUGAAGUCAUUGAACCCGCCGACCCGGAACGGACCCGGACCCGGAAAUGGCCGUGCUUCCACUGCCCGACAUCGGGACAUGGCUGUUCCGUCGCGGCGACUCGGAUCGCAAACGGGUCGCCGCCGAGAACCCCGUCGCAAUUGUCAAACAGCUCGACGGCCACAUCAAGGCACGAAAACAAGCGAACCUGCCUCACUCACUGAAGGAUGCCGAUAAGGACGCCCUGGUGGGGGCGAUGCUGCUCAUGGGCAAGAGCCUCCAAGAUGCCCUCAACAUGUUCAUGGCCGAGGUCCUGCCGCACGAUGAGUACCCCAAGGGAUGGAACGAGGUCCUCUCGGGCACCCUCGGCGGCCUGCAUCGGGCCCUUGCCGACACACUCGUCACCCUGGAACGCCCUCAUGCUGCCGAGACCGGUCUCAGUAUGAAGCAGCACCAAGAGUCGUUGAAGACCAGGACACUCAGUUUGGAACUAGAUGAGGCGCCCGUUAAACCCGGACUCAACAGAUCGGAAUCGGCACCAGCUGGCACAACACAAGGUGAAAUCUCACCCGACUUUUCACCCCUUGGUCCUCCUCUUCCUCUUCGCCUCGCCCCCGUCCCCGAACGCUUCGAGCCCGCCUAUGAAUACCGCGACCUGGCCGCCGAGAACCCGGGCGUCAGCAUCGCCGUCAUCCAGGAACUGCGUGCCGAAAUGCGCGUCAACGCCGCCAUCCAGCUCGCCAUCGAAUCGCUCGAGUUCACCGAGGGCCAGCUGCAGCUGGUCAAGCAAGUGAACAAAGCCGCUGGCGGCGGCGGAGCUAACUUUGAGCCUGUCCAGCAGCACUUUUACGAAGGAUACGAUCGCAUCCUUCGUCGGGCUGUCGAACUAGAGCGCCGGGAUCUCAGCAGCGAGGUACCUGUCCCUGUGUCGCAGCCAGCCCGUGACAGUCGGCCUCAAACCAGCCACACGCAAAGCUCCGCCCAGCUAAGUCCCACGUCGUGGAAGCCGCGCGCGCCGAGGAGGAUAAGUCUCGUUACUAUUCCGCCGCCUCAUGAGGAGGAGGCUCCUUCUCGUGGUGGCCAGAGACGGGGUAGCUAUAACCAGAAGCGGCCCGGCACGGCACCGAAUGGUUCCGGGGGCAUGAUGCACAGGAAGCGAAGCAUCAUGUUCAACGAUGAUGACUUUUCUGAUCACACGACGCUGGGCAAUUCGCGGUCGUAUUCGAAUCUGAGGUCGUCGCAGGGGUCGUCACAUGGUUCGAGGGGUCCGAUGGAGGCCAUGACUAUGAGCCCGACCGGACAGGCGUUUGAUCAAAGGGCGAGGGCGAGUGCGAGGAGGAAUACGGUGCACGGGAUGGGGGGGGUGGGGAUUAGGGAGGAGGACGAACGACCACAACCCCAAGGUCUCUCACAAUCCCAACAACAACCCCCCAGCCUCCGCCGCCGCCUCUCUCUAGCCGAUGAACUCGCCAUGGCCGGCAACACCGACAGUGACUCCUCCAACUACGGCGACGAAGUCGACUACGACCAAGACAACGACUACCAGCAGGAGGACGGCGACAAAGGCGACGGAGGCGAAGAAGAAGACGAAGAGUUCGGCGAGUUCGGCGAAGUAGGCGAAGCAAGCGUCAUUCAAUCCGAGCUUGGCAGCGGAAGUGAUCGGGACCUAGCCAGUCCUCGGACCCCUGGAGCAGGUGCAGGUCCGGGUUAUUUACAUGGCGGUGGUGGUGGGUUUGCGGAUCACCACUCGCGUGCCUCGUCGAUCAAUUCGAUCCCCAUGAGCGAGGGGUUGGUGGGUCAAAUACCGCCGAGUGAAUACGGGAGUCAAUUCGACGAGGGGAGCACUUACGGGGGUAGGGGGUAUGGUGGGUAUGGAGCACACAGCAGGCAGAUAUCAAACGUUAGUAUCGACGAUAGGAUAUCGUACUUCCCUUCUACGUGGGGUAAUGUCUCCUCCGUAGAAGAAGGACAGGAAGAAGAAGAAGAAGAAGAAUUAAGAGGCCCAGGAGGUCGGCCUUUGUCCGGAUACUUCCCUGGAGCGGGGCGGUACGACGGGGAGUACGACGACGAUAGGGAGUAUGGCGAUGAGGACGAUGAAGCAGGGGAUGGGUACGCGGAUGAAGACGGAGGAACGGAAGAGGGAGAUGAUGAUGGAAGCGAAAGGUCGGUGGAUGAGAACGAGGAGUUGACGGAGAUUAUUGAGCAGUUGAGGCCGUAUAUGAGGUUGUCGGUAUCGGGUGCGGCGAGCAAUACGGGGAGGAUAUCUGCAUGAGCGGUGGCGUUUGCAUCUGCAUCUGCAUGAAGAGGAGGGGGAAAAGCAUGAGCAUGAGCGGUUGCAUUGGAACAACGUACAACCGGCAUUCUUGGAGGACUGGCCUAGCCUGGAUCAGGCAAAAU